AUGGAACAUGCCUGCGUCUCCUCUCUGCGAGUGCUAUGGCUGAGCCUGCUGCCUCCGGUUUUGAUCUGCAUCCUCCUCCUGUCCUACCUGUGGACCUUCCAAUGGCUGAGACCGGAGAGGAUCAGGCAGAGGCUGAGGCGCCAGGGAGUGAAGGGCCCCAAGCCUUCUCUCCUCCUGCGGAACAUACCGGAGAUGAGGAGGAUUCAGAAGCAGCUGGCCGAAUCUGACCAAGAACAACAAGAAGCAGCAGCAGGGGGCAACCAUCGCUUCUCCUCCAAUUACAUGGCCGCUCUGUUCCCUUACUUCCACCACUGGAACAAGGUCUACGGUUCCAUCUACCUGUAUUCCACUGGAAGCAUCCAGUCUUUGUUUGUGACGGAUCCAGACAUGGUGAGGGAGCUGGCCAACUGCAAGUCUUUGGAUCUUGGAAAGCCUCGCUACUUGCAGAAGCAGCUUGGAGCGCUUCUUGGCACGGGAAUCUUGACGGCAAACGGUGACCUUUGGGCACAUCAACGGAAGGUGAUCGCGUCUCACUUCUUCAUGGACAAGGUUAAGGGAAUGGUGGAUUUGAUGGCGGAGUCUGCAAAUGAAAUGCUGGUUUCAUGGGAAGAUAUAGUUGACAGGGGAGGUGGCAGUGCAGAGGUGGUGGUUCAUGAGUUCUUGAGGAACUUCUCGGCUGAUGUCGUAUCAAGAGUUGCUUUCGGGAGCAGGUACUUACCAACAAAGCGCAACCGAGAGAUUCGGAGGCGCGGCGCGAGCAUCCGCGACCUCAUCUUGGACAUAGCGAGGAGGCACGAAGAAGAACACGACCCGCCGGCGACAUCAUCUGCGAGCAACAGCGACGGCUUCCUGCGUUCCAUCGUCGAGGGCGCCAAGGCCGCCGCCAGCGCUUUCAGUUCAUGCACGCCCGAGGACUUCAUCGUGGACAACUGCAAGAACAUCUACUUCGCGGGGCACGAGACGACGUCGACCACCGCCGCCUGGUGCCUGAUGCUCCUCGCCGCGCACCCAGAGUGGCAGUCCCGCGCGCGCGCCGAGGUCAUGGAGGUCGUUCGCCAUGGAAAGCCUCUAGACGCAGACACGAUCCGGAAGCUGAAGACGGUGCCGAUGGUGGUGCAGGAGACGCUGCGUCUGUACUGGUUCACAUGCACGAUGGAAACUUGGAAAGUAGCUAGCGGCUCGAAUAAAACAAGACUGCCAACGGUCACGGACUCACGGUCACGGUCGCCCCCACCGAGAGGGCCAUGGACACUCUUGCAUGGUGUUCCUAUAGACGAUGGUCUUGUUACAGAGGAUCUCAGACGUCAGCACCUUGAGGAGGACUUUGGAGGCCACAAACUAGAGCCUUGA